GUUUUUUUCUCGAUAUUUUAUAGAAAUUAUUUCUGGGCUCUGACUUUGACAACGUUAGAUAGUGAACGAACUAGCGUUACUCAGAGAUAUAGCCACUAACUCACUGUUUUGUCGUGCUGUCAAAGACCCAGUAGUUUUUGCUGGACGUAGAACAAAGUAUCGUAUGCUCUAUUAGACCGUCUUAUUAAUAGUACAGUAUAUUUUUAUAUUUAAUACAGUAAACGAGUAAAUUUUAACGUUCUAAGAGAUGUUAUUAUUUCAGAAGUUCUCAAAUUUAAUAUGUAAACACCUUAAGCCGCGUCUCUAAAGCGUCUUCAACAGCUGUGACAUUUUUUCAUUGGUAUACUGUUGUCCAGUGUCAAAUUAUGUUACGAUUUAAAAUAAAAACAGACUAAAAAACAAUCAAUCUUGAAAUAGAUGCAGACAUCGAAUGUUGUAUAUUGGAAUCCUGAUUUAUCUUACCAAAAAAUGAACCUAGUGUGAAAGACAUCCUCCAGAAUAGUAUAAAAUUAAAUACUUUGAUUGGCCAAUCCAUUACUGAACGUUUUCAACAAAGAUGUAGAAGUUUAGGUAGAGAAAUGGUUUUAGGAGUUCUCUAAGUAAUUCUAAAAUAAAUCUUUGUUUGGGUGAAUCUGUAGAUGUGAUGUAAUGUCUGACAAGCGUCAGCGUGCUAGAGUCCAGGGCUCCUGGGCUAGACAGCCCAAUCCCUCAAAGCCAACAGUUACAAGUACAAACAAGCAGCCAAGGAUCAACCCUGUGUCUGCGUCCUGGGGAUCAGGGCCACAGAAGACAGCUAGUACAUUUGAGUUCCAUCAACCCACCAAGCCAAUUAGAAAUGUCCCAGCCGAGAAGGUCAUUGAGCAGGCGGGUGACUAUGACAUCAGUCAUGGACCAUCAGGAGUGUCCAGGCUUCGUCUGUUGCCUUGGUUUCUCUCUCAAGAAGAGGCUGACUGGAUGUUUAGUAAGCUGUUAGCAGAGCUGCCCUGGUCCCAGAAAACCAACUACAGACAAGCUGAAGCAUACGAGGAGCCGAGGUUAACCUGCUGGUAUGGAGAGUUACCCUACACGUAUUCACACUCCACUAUGGCUCCCAACUCACAGUGGCAUCCCUUGCUCCAAACUCUUCGAGAAACAGUGGAGCAAGCCACUGGCUGCAAAUUCAACUCGCUGUUGUGUAACUUGUACAGGGACGGCCAUGACAGCAUUGGCUGGCACAGUGACGAUGAGGCCUCCUUAGGUGACAAGCCCACCAUCGCCUCCCUCAGUCUGGGUGACUCCAGAGUUUUCAGUCUCCGCAAGCAGCCUGCACCGGAGGAGAACGGUGACUACACCUACGUGGAGAAGAUUCGGGUUCCACUGAGCCACGGGACACUGCUGCUGAUGAAAGGAGCCACACAAGAUGAUUGGCAGCAUCAAGUGGCUAAAGAGUACCACGACCGAGGCCCUCGCAUCAACUUGACCUUCAGAACCAUCUAUCCAGAGCCGGACGGUCACAGGCCAGGAACAAAGAUUCACAUCACUGCCCAACAACAGUGAAGUGCUACAGGCGUCAGGUACUUGUGGCCUUGAAAAGGUGCAGCUUUCAGCUGUUUUUUGCCAAGUGGUCCAAGCUACAACGGUGAGGUCUGCACCUUUGUUGUGCAACUGGCUGCUGUACCACCACAGUCCUGACCACUGGUCAUUAUCAGAUACAGUGUCAUUGUUUUUAGGGGAGAUGAGCAGGAGAAUGGUGAUAAUGAGGUGCUCAGUUGUUGACUCUCAGUCCUAACUUAAUUCACCACAGACACUUAUUACAUUUUGGUGAGCUUGCAAGGGGGGAGGGCAGAAGGCUGGGUGAGUGUAACUUGGCAACCAGCACUGAAUCUGGCACUUAAUGCCACAGUCCUUCUGCCAACAGUGAGAGUUUGUACUGGGAACCUCCUGGUUGGCAGGUUCUUCAGUGUUAUAAACAGAUCAUUUAUUUGCCAAUCUUCAGUCUGUUCUUCCAGAUUGUUUUUCCUGUUUUUGUCUCAUGCUUUGGAUAUUAACACACUGAUGUCUUCAACGAAACACAAUUUCAUGAAAAAAACAAACAAACCCUGAUUUCCAGAUUUUUUUUUUCUUUACAACACAUCACUGUUCAUGGGAAUCAUCUUUGGAAGUCCUAACAAAAAACAAGUGUUUUGACAGAUAUGAGAGGAAUAAUGACUUUGCUGUAAGAGAUGUUUAUGCAACUGGGAAUUAACUGAAGAGUUCCUGGAACAGAUGUCAUGAAGGGAAUAUACUGUAACGUUUAGGAAAAUCUUGAUCCAAAGGGGCAAAAGCUCCAUGAACAGCUGCAACGUAAUGUAAUUAUUUAAAAACAAGAAACCAUUGUUAAUUUAUUCUGAACUGGAAUAAAAAUUUGCUUUGUGUCAAA